UCACGAAAUUGUCCCUACGCCGCUGCAAAAACAAAUACUAGACUUUGUUCGCAUAUUCUUCAUCGUCUUUUAUCUGAUAAAUAAACGCGACCGAGCUCCUUCUUCUUUCUUCAUGGAAGUUCAACAACAUGAAGCGCAUUCUGAAAACAAAGAGCCGGCUGAAAAUGCUAAUGCCGAACCUGAUGGAGUUUCUUGUAAGAAAAGUAAUACUAUGCAAAUUUAUAGACAAGAUGUUGUCAAGAAUAAAAACACUGGGAUGGUUGGGAUUGUGACAGAAGUUAAUGGUGAUUCUGAUUCGGAUUCAGAUUCUGAUUCUGAUACAGACAGUGGAGUCACUGAUGAUGAGGGUGAGGAGGGUGAUGUUGAGGAAGGUGAUGAAAGUAAUAAUGGUUGCAGAAAUUCUGAUAGGAAUGAUGCUUCUGUGCACCGUAAGACUGCUGCUCUUCAGACUAACGAGCUACGUGUACUCUGGAUGGAUGAAUCUGAAUCCACGCAGAAUUUCAGUGAUGUAGAAGUUGUUGAUCGUGGAUUUUUACAUAGUGAUUUUGUAGCUUCUGCCUCUGACCCUACCGGGCAAGUGGGUGUUGUGGUUGAUGUCAAUAUAUCUGUGGAUUUGUUGGCCCAUGAUGGAUCUAUCAUAAAAGAUGUAUCAUCUAAAGACUUGAAGCGUAUCAGGGAUUUCACUGCUGGAGAUUACGUGGUGCUCGGGUCUUGGUUAGGAAAAGUUGAUGAUGUUUUGGAUAAUGUGACUGUCUUAUUUGAUGAUGGUUCAGUUUGUAAAGUCUCCAAAGCAGAUCCGAUGGAUCUUAAACCAAUUUCGAAGAACAAUAUUCUUGAAGAUGGACAUUUCCCUUAUUACCCAGGGCAACGUGUAAGGGCCAAGUCUUCAUCCAUCUUCAAGAUGGCUAGAUGGUUGUCUGGCUUGUGGAAAGCUAGUAGGUUAGAAGGUACUGUCACCAAUGUUACAGUUGGAUCAGUGUUUGUUUAUUGGAUAGCAUCUGCAGGUCAUGGGCCGUAUUCUUCUGCUGCCCCAGCUGAGGAACAGAGUCCAAAAAACUUAAAAUUGCUGUCUUGUUUUGCUCAUGCAAAUUGGCAAUUGGGUGACCGGUGUCUUUUACACUCAUCUGCACUGUCAUCUUCUGUUUCCAUCAACAAAAACAAAUCAAAAUUGGAACAUAACGAUUCUAUUAACAUUGAAUUAGAUUCUAAUCAAACAGGAAGCGGAUGUGAUUCAGAAGACGCUACAGUUGAGGAAUCAAAUGGGAAUAAAGAUACUAUGGACCUUGAUCCAGUGGGUGCUUUGGAAGGGAAUGAUGGAAAUGAUAGAAAUAAUCCUUCUUGUGAAUCUAGUUCAUGUGGUAGUUCUAUAUCAGUAUCAAAGGAUCCUGUCCGUGAAGCUUGGCCUCUUCACCGCAAGAAAAUAAGGAAAGUUGUCAUCAGGAAAGAAAAGAGAGCCCGGAAGAAAGAGGAAAGCUUUGAAAAAGCUCUUCAAAUUGUCAACACUAGGACAAGAAUUGAUGUUUCUUGGCAGGAUGGAACGAUAGAGUGUGGACUAGAUUCUACAAGUUUAAUUCCUAUUGAUACUCCUGGUGAUCAUGAAUUUGUUUCAGAACAAUAUGUUGUAGAGAAGACCUCUGAUGAUGGUGAGGAUAAUUGUGAAACUAGCCGAGUUGGGGUGGUGAGGAGUGUUGAUGCCAAAGAGCGGACAGCUUGUGUGAGGUGGAUAAAACCAGCUGCCAAGGCAGAUGAUCCCCGAGAAUUCGACAACGAGGAAAUUGUAAGUGUCUACGAGCUAGAGGGCCAUCCAGAUUUUGAGUACUGCUAUGGGGACGUGGUUGUUAGACUAUCUCCUGUGUCUGUCUGUUUAGAAGCUUCUGUUGGAGAGUCUACUGAGAAAUCGAAGCAGGAAAACGAAGAAAAUGGACAUAAAAAUGAAGCAGCAACCCAGACAGAAAAAGCAUCUUCUGGCGAAACUGAUGUGGAGUUCUCAGACCUCUCUUGGGUUGGAAAUAUAACUGGCCUUAAGAAUGGUGAUAUUGAAGUUACAUGGGCUGAUGGGAUGGUAUCAACGGUUGGACCCCAAGCAAUCUAUGUGGUUGGUAGAGAUGAUGAUGCUGAAUCACUUGCGGCAGGGAGUGAUAUAAGCGAUGCUGCAACCUGGGAAACCGUUGAUGAUGAUGAAAUGGAAGUCCAAGAGGAUUCCAGAGAGGAUGUUAAUAGGGAAAAUUCAAGCAAUGUUGCAGAAGAGAAUGGAGAGAAAGACUCUGGUAGGGCCGCGGCACUUUCUGUCCCACUUGCAGCAAUUCGAUUUGUAACCCGACUUGCGUCUGGAAUAUUCUCCAGGGGACAGAAGAACUUGGAUCCUGUUCACGUCCAGUCAAAUGGUGAAAUUGAAUGUUCGUCACCAGUUAAAAUUUGUGAGUCCAGUUCUCAGGAAUAUAUUGCCAUUGAUGGUGACAAUUUGGGCAGCAAGAGUUGUAAAAAUGAGGAGUCUGUUAUUCCAGAAGGUUUAGAAAAUGUGGAAGCAUCUGAGACACUUUGCAGCUUGAAGAAUAAAGAGGCUCCUGCCAGUUGUGACAAUGAUGCUUGUAGUUUGAAACAUUUUGACAUGGUUACAGAUCCGUUAGACCAUUACUAUAUUGGUGCAAAUGGACAGAGUAACAUACGAAAAUGGUAUAAGAAGGUGCAACAAGAUUGGGGCAUACUACAAAACAACCUUCCUGAGGAAAUCUAUGUACGAGUUUAUGAAGAUAGAAUGGAUCUUGUGAGAGCAGUUAUUAUAGGGCCAUUUGGGACUCCUUACCAAGAUGGGCUGUUUUUCUUUGAUUUUCACCUUCCCCCAGAUUAUCCUGAUGUUCCACCGUCAGCAUACUAUCAUUCAGGUGGUUGGCGUAUUAACCCUAAUUUGUAUGAGGAAGGGAAGGUUUGCCUUAGCCUUCUAAACACAUGGACAGGCAGAGGCAAUGAAGUAUGGGAUCCAAAAUCUUCUAGCAUCCUUCAAGUUCUAGUUUCACUACAAGGGCUAGUACUCAACUCCAAGCCUUACUUCAAUGAAGCUGGAUAUGAUAAGCAGACUGGAACAGCUGAAGGAGAGAAGAAUUCGUUAUCAUACAAUGAGAAUACAUUUUUACUGAACUGCAAGACCAUGAUGUAUCUUAUGCGGAAGCCACCCAAGGAUUUUGAAGUGCUCAUCAAAGAACAUUUUAGGAGGCGUGGUCAUUACAUUCUUAAGGCUUGUGAUGCAUAUAUGAAAGGCUACUUGAUCGGCUCGUUGACUAGAGAUGCCUCUGUGAGUGACAAUAGCAGUCCGAAUUCAACCUCUGUUGGUUUCAAGUUGAUGUUGGCCAAGAUAGUGCCAAAGCUUUUCGCGUCACUUAGUGAAGUUGGGGCUGAUUGCGAGGAAUUUAAGCAUUUGAAAGAGUUGUAGCAAAAGUAAAUACACCAAUCACUCUCUUACAAUUUGAAGGAGCUUGAAGGAACAGAAUUGGAAGCAAAAACCUUUGAGAGAAGCAACCUCUAACAGAGCAGGCUGAAUAUCCCUUUGAGUAUGGUCACAUGUAGAGGGGAGGCAACGUUCAUCACUGACAUUCAUGUUAUGAACUUUUAUUUUUUUGAAUAUUUGGACAGAGGGUGGAAAGGGUUGGAUUUUCUCGAGUAUUUAAAAGUCUCUGUUAAUGGUGUUGCAAUGGUUUGUUAACUCGUGUGUGACGAUUCGGUGAAUUGAAUAUAAUUGAAGAAUGACCAAUUUUGUUUUUCUUCUU